CCUCCGUGUAUAUAUUUGGUUAACAAUGUGGUCAUCCCGGCACAGCGGUUCCAAUUUGAUUUGGAGCUCCGACAUCAGAACCCGUCCAAUUAGACCGGACCCACCCUUGAAACGAACUCCAGAAAAAAAAUCUGCAGAUUUUCAGAAAUUACAGGGUUAUAGAAGAAGGAGGAGGAAUCACAUGGAUUCUUUGUCAACAGUAUCGACAUCUAUAGUACUCCCUCCCACCACUCCCCUCCGCAGCCGCCAUCACCACCGGCGGCGGCAAAUCGCUCUAUCGUCUGCAUACAUCAAGCCAAUUAAUAACCUUCUUAUUUCUUCUCCCUUAUGCUCUUGUAAAAGAAGGCAAAGAGUAGAAAUUUACUGUAAAGUGAGCGGAGGAGGAGACGAGAGAGAGGACGAAAAUGGUCGGAGAGACGAGGAAUUGGAGAGGGCGCUGCACAUGGACGGUACAAUUCCCGGGAGUUCCAACGAGUUUGUUAAGCAGGUGUCUUCACGCGCUUACGACAUGCGUAGACACCUUCACCAGACGUUUGAUAGCAGUAGCUAUGACGUACUAGAGGCGAACCCUUGGAGAGAGACGCCAAAAUCUGUUUAUGUAUUAACUCACAUGGAAAACCAGUUAUGCACAAUGAAGACUCGUAGAAAUCGCAGUGAAGUAGAACGAGAGCUUGGAAUUUUGUUUUCCAAAGGGGGGAAGAGGAGAAAUCACUCCAAGCAGAGGAGAAAUCACUCCAAGCAGUCAGGGACUGGUAACAAAUUUCAGAUGCUUGUUGAGGAUGUUCGAGAGGGCAUACUUGUAUUUGAAGAUGAAAAUGAAGCUGCAAGAUACUGUGAUUUGCUUCAAGGAGGAGGUCAAGAUUGUGAAGGUGUUGCGGAGAUAGAAGCCUCAUCGUACUUAUGCUACAGGUUUUCGAUCUUUGCCGAAAGAAUAGGGCACUUGCAGUUCUAUUCCGUCGAGGAAGAACACCACCUCUACCCGAAAGCCUUAAGCUUAACUUGCGGGCACGCAAGCGUUCCCUUGAAGACCAAGAGGAUUUGAAGUGAAAGCUUGGUUUGAUUGAAAUACAGGUGAUUUUUACAAGUUGAUAUGAUAAUGGACUUAUCUUGUGUAGUGAAUUACUUCUUGCUAAAUUGAAAUGUAAAUUAUUUACUCUGUACGGUGGAACUUGCCUUGGACUUCUCUGCUGUCAUAAUUGUUCUGUCGUGCUUGCUAUUUUCUUGAGGCCGAGCCUUGGCUUCUCGAUUAA